CCGGGAUUCAUUGGUUCACUAAAGCAGCUAAGCUACCUCAAUCUAUCAGGUGCGUCUUUCAGUGGAAUGAUCCCUCCGAGUCUUGGGAAUCUUUCGCGACUGCAGUAUCUGGACCUCAGCAAUUGCUUUGCCGAAUCAAGCCGAAACGAUCUUCUCUGGCUUCGUGGCCUUUCUUCUCUAAGAUACCUUAAUCUCGGAGCCAUCGAUCUCAGUAAUGCCGAGGAUCAUUGGCUUCGAGCUAUUAAUUCACUACCUUCUCUCACAGAGUUGCGCUUGCCCAACUGUUUCAUGUCAAAGCUUCCUCUUUCUCUUCCAUUCAUCAAUGUCACAUCGCUGGAGGUCCUUGAUCUCUCGCGCAAUAACUUCAACUCUACGUCACCCCGAUGGCUAUUCAAUCUCACUCGCCUCAUUCAUCUUGAUCUAAACUCAAAUAGUCUCGGGGGCGAGCUUCCAGAUAAAUUUGCGAAUUUAGCAUCCCUCCAAGAACUCGACAUGUCCCAGAAUUCGUACCUCGAAGGUCGGCUUCCGAAAUCAUUGGGGAGCUUAUGUGAUAUGAGUGUCCUAAAGCUUUCAGCCAACAGAAUCACCGGUGAGAUAAAUGAUUUUAUCAAUGGAUUAGCUCAAUGCAACAACAGCAAGUUGGAGAAUCUGGACUUAGGGAACAAUGGGUUGUAUGGUAAUUUGCCAGAUUCUCUAGGAAACCUGAAGAAGUUAAGGUACCUCCAAUUUUUGCGCAAUUCAUUUCAAGGUUCGAUUCCACGGACGAUUGGAAACAUGUCGUCUUUGGAAGAGUUUUACGUGGCCAACAACAAGAUGAGUGGGAUUCCAGAAAGUUUCGGGCAACUGUCGACACUGGUUGCGGUGGAUCUCUCUGAGAACUUGUGGGAAGGAGUCGUGACGGAGCGCCAUCUAGCAAACCUCUCGAGCCUCACGGAUCUUGACUUGUAUAAUCUGUCUCCAAACAUUUCCUUGGCAUUCAACAUAACCCCCGGUUGGAUUCCUCCCUUCAAGCUCAGGUACCUGAAAAUCAGGUCUUGCCAAUUGGGUCCCGAGUUUCCUACUUGGCUCAGGAAACAAAACGAGCUCAAGACCGUGGUGUUGAACAAUGCUAAAAUUUCGGGAACCAUACCCGAUUGGUUCUUGCAGCUGAAUCUGCAAUUAGACGAACUAGACGUCGGGUAUAAUCGACUCACCGGCGAGCCACCCACCUCGCUGAUGUUUGUAGACGGUCGGUCCAGUGUCGACUUGAGUUCGAACCUCUACGAUGGUCCUCUUCCUAUGUGGUCUUCCAACAUGACGAUACUGUAUCUCAACGAUAAUCGCUUCUCCGGUCCCAUUCCUCCCAACAUCGGCGAACUCAUGCCUUACCUGACAGAUUUAGACAUAUCUCGGAAUGAACUAAAUGGUAUCAUUCCCUUGUCCAUUGGGAAUAUGGCCACUUUGACAUCCUUAGUCAUCUCCAACAACUACCUAUCCGGAGAAAUACCGCGGUUCUGGAGCAACUUGUCCUCGCUGUAUAUUCUUGACAUGUCGAACAAUGGCCUUUCGGGUCCAAUACCGAGCGAGGUCGGCUUUCUUUCCUCUCUCAGGUUCUUCAUACUCAGUAACAACAAUCUCUCUGGCAAUCUUCCAUCCUCCUUGCAGAACUGCAAAUCUUUGUACACUCUUGAUCUAGGCGAGAACAAGUUCAUGGGAAACAUUCCGACAUGGAUUGCAGAGAGCAUUCCUUUGCUGCUGAUUUUGCGCCUGCGGACCAAUUUGUUUACUGGGGAAAUUCCUCCUCAGAUAUGCCAUCUUUCGAAUCUCCACAUAGUAGACCUCUCGCACAACAAGUUGUCAGGAUCGAUCCCGCCGUGUAUCGGAAACUUAAUCGGCUUGAAAGUGGAACUCACGGAUGUUGACACGGUGAGUUACCAGGGACGCUUGACCGUGGUGGCCAAAGGACGGUUUGUUCAAUAUGAUCAAAGCAUUCUUUACCUCGUGAACAGUUUGGAUCUCUCGGACAAUUGCUUAUCGGGGGAGAUUCCUGAAGCGCUAACGAGCCUCGUGAGGUUGUGGACCUUGAAUUUGUCCAUGAACCAUCUCAUUGGAAGAAUACCAAUUGACAUUGGCAACUUGGAAAGGCUAGAGACUCUCGACUUAUCGAGCAACAAUCUCUCGGGGCCGCUUCCUCCGAGCAUGACCUCUUUAACAAAGUUGAAUCACUUGAACUUGUCGUACAACGACUUGUCAGGGAAAAUCCCGACUGCUAACCAGUUCCUGACCCUCAACGACCCAUCUAUUUACGAGGGCAACGUCGGUCUCUGUGGGAUUCCAUUGCCAGAGUUAUGCUCAAGAGAUGAGAAACAGCUGCAAUCUCCUGACGAUAGCGGCGGGAACAGCGAGAGUGAGGAGAGAGCCGAUCAUCUUGAAUACCUCUGGCUCAUCCUGAGCAUAGGGCUUGGUUUCUUAGUUGGGUUCUGGGGUGUCUGUGGCACUCUGAUCGUAAAGAAGUCCUGGAGAGAGGCUUACUACGGUUACAUCGACAGAAUGAAGAACAAGCUGACUGCACUCGUCGCACGUCGGACGGACUAG